GCAAUCAUGUUGACAGCUGGCGGCACGUACGCCCCAGCACGCCAUACAAUGAUGUCUAUGUAUAGUCAUGCUGUGGCUAGCGCACGCUCUUCCCAGCUGCGGCCUACGAGGACAUGCAAGUUAGCUUGCCUUCUUGCACAGAUCAGGCAGCCUGCCUCGUCGCAGUCGCUGUCGCCGUCGCAGUCGCAGUCGCAAUGCGAUUCACUUUGACUGUCGAGAAGGUUUGCGUGCUCUCAUACAGGUGCCGCUUGAUAUGUGUUGACAUGAGCGCAAUGUCUCUCCAUACUCCGUUGGCGUUUCUGCUGUGUAUUCACUGCGCCCGUGCCGUCGACAUUCACUCAUUCUGCGCUUUUCAUGGAUGGACGAGUGGGCGAAGAUGUUGGGCGUGCAAGGACACUCAAAGAUGAUCAUCAGCAGAGUGCGAGUGCGAGUCGUAAUCG